AUGGCGCUGGAACCCGGGGUGCCGUACCCUCCUCAACUUUUUUUUUUGCCAACAUCUUGGGGUGGGUUGCCGCGGACCUCUGAUGCCAAUCACGGCUCGCCUUUGGCAAUGAGGGCUGUCCAAUCGCGGCGCCCAGCUUACGCACUUCCAUCUCCCAGGGAAAAGCCAAACAUACUUCACACAUUGUUGUGGUGGGGUAGGCGGUGGGGUCUCAAAAAACCAAAAUACCUAUGGGACGAAAUGUUCUUAUGGGGGAAUGUGUUCUUAUGGGGGAAUGUGUUCUUAUGGGGGAGUGUUUUCUUAUUGUGCUUAUUUUUCCUUUUCUGCAUUUCCCAUGGGUCUCCUUUUCACACUACACAUGGCAGUAGCGGAACGCCUCAACAUCACCAUCAUGGUACAUUUUGCCUUUUAUCAUAG